AUGUCUGCGGCCGAUUUGGCUAGCAUGCCAGCGGCCACUCCGCCGCCUGGAGUCACUGCGAAUUUCGACAAUCCGCCAUCCAAUGCCUAUAUUCUGAUAAUUGUGACGACUAUAUGCAUGGUACUCUUGUAUGUGACUAUGGCUAUCAGUCUGUAUGCCAAAUUCAACAUCCGGAAGAAGGUGGCUUUGGAUGAUUGGACUCGAUCAAUUGCGACAUUUGGUACAACAAUCUACUAUAUCGCUAGUGUCAUCGCCGUGACCAAAGGCAAAUUCGGUAUCCACAUGUAUGAUCUCUCAGCAGCCGAUGCCAUGUGCACUUCCUUUAUCAUCUCAGGGUUCUUCACAAAUUGGCUUACCGCGCUGGUAUGGCCAUUCGCCAAGUCAUCCUUCUUCCUCAUGUAUCUCGAAAUGUUCCGCACAAUACGCUGGCAGCGAUACGCCAAUUACAUUGGGCUAUUCGUAAACUGGGGGUUCUACACUGCGGUCUUGGUGGCAACUCUCUCUUUUACCAGCCCGGCACCCGGCGAGACAUGGCAAGACUCUUUGACCUCCGAGCGCUACGCCAAAAUGGAGGCUUGGAUCAUUCCCAUUGCUUCAAUCAAUCUCGUCAUUGACGUCUAUAUCCUUGCUCUACCGAUUAUUCCAAUCCUGGGUCUGAGGAUGAACACCAAAAAGAAGCUGGGUGUACUUUCAAUAUUUGCUACCGGUCUUCUUGCUUGUGUCGCCUCCUCACUCAGUAUCUAUUUCAAGAUGGUCUUGGAUUGGCAUUAUACCGACUACAGCUUUUACACAACCCCUGUCUUGAUCAUGUGUCUAGUCGAGAUGUGCGUUGGUGUCACGGCCAGCGCGAUGCCAUCGAUGGCGCUUUUCUUCCGACAUAACGGCGGCAAAGUGACGCGGGUGUUUUCGCGGUUCUCGCGAUCAUCUCAGUCUCGGUCUUCUCAGAAUAUGAAUGCAAAGCAAGUUGAGUCAGCGGGCGAUUCCGUUGACUCUGACCAGUGGCCUCUGAAGGACAUUAGCUCUUCGAAGAGCCACUAUGACGGCAUGGACGACAACCACCAAUUCAACUCGGUUCAGACCUUUAUUCAGGCUGCGACUCCCACCAGCCAGGUGGACCGUGACGGCGCAAUUUGUUUACAAUAUGCGUUUAAUCAAGGCUAUGAAGAGCGUUGUAAAUCAGAUUCCGCAACCCAGGUCUAG